ACCGUGAGACAGUCGGAAUCGAUGUUGACCUUCCCAGGUUGAGGAUACUGCAGGCGCGGCCUCUGAGCGCGACCAGCGAGAAACAUCAACAUCCCCUCCACUAUACACCAUACACUAUAGACCAUACACUAUACACCAUACACUAUACACCAUACACUAUACACCAUACACUAUACACCAUACACUAUACACCAUACACUAUACACCAUACACUAUACACCAUACACUAACACUAUACACCAUCACCACGAUACACUAACAUCACCUCCGCCAUACACUAACGUCCCCUCCGCCAUACCGCGAUGAUCGUGGUGCCGGACGAGGCGAAGUCUGUGCAGCCGCCGUCGCUGCUGAACGUGAGCAGCCUGGUGCUGGGCCUCACGGGGUGGAGCUCCGCGCUGGCGGCCAACGCGGCCCAGCACCGGCCCGCGUGGCGCUCGGGCCUUCAUCGGCAGGCGUUCAUGUUCACCGCGUGCUGGGUGGCCGGCUACUACCUGCAGAAGCGCGCAAACUACAUGCAGGCCAGGGCCAACCGCGACGUGGCUCUGUACGUGGCGCAGCACCCACAAGACUUCAAGCCGGAGGAGAAGAGAAAGUUUAAGGAGGUGCUGGAGCCUGCGCACCCCAUCUACUAAACGCAGCAGCCGACCCCCUGGAGCACCCCCAGCACGAGACUCGACAUCAACUCAACAUCAGCUACACAUCAACUCAACAUACAUCCUGCAUCACUAAGUAAUAGUACAACAUUAACCCAGCACCAAUGUCAAAUCAACAUCACCACCAACAUCAUCCCAACAUGAACUUAACAUCUGCCUUAGGAGGUUGGUGAACAAGAAGAAAGUCCAUGGUGGUAUUGUGACCCAACCACCUGGCAGUUGUGUGUGACAAGCAGGGCGUGUGCUUGUUGGCACCACAGGGCUGAGACGGCCGUCAUCCACCAGGCUUAUUUGCGGUCCUUGUCUGCUCGCCCCCAAACCGCGCUGCGUGGCUUCCUUGACGAGCGGCUCGUACCAUCACGCGUGUCGUGUUAUUCUACAAAUUGCUCGAAAUUAAAAGUAGACUCGAACAGA